AUGGCAGAAGAAGAAGUUACUGAUCAAACGGAGCCUCAAGAAGAUAGACUAUCUGCUGAAUCGGAAGAUGAUAUAAAGCUUACAAGGAGGAAAAAACUGACUCUGUUUCUGUCCGUCUACUGGCGCGGUUUGCUCUGUCUAUUGACUCCAAUUAUAUUACUUCUUAUGCUGCUACCGUUUCCACCACAGAAAUAUCAAUGGGCUGGUUAUACACUAUGUUUGAUGGCUGUAUUUUGGGUUACGGAAUGCAUACCAUUGACAAUUACAUCUUUUCUUCCUAUCGUUAUCUUUCCUUUAACCGGUAUUAUGGACACACGAACCACUUGUCUGUGUUAUAUAAAUGACACGGUUCUGAUGUUCUGCGGAAGUAUGAUCUUAGCACAAGCUGUGGAACAGUCAGGGCUACAUCAAAGACUAGCCUUGCAUACUAUCAGACUCAUCGGAUAUUCGCACUACAGACUGCUGUUUGCGAUGUCAAUCACGACAAUGUUCAUUUCAAUGUGGAUCACUAAUACCGCAGCGUCAUCUAUGAUGGUUCCCAUUAUUUUCGCUCUGUUGGAUGUUUUCGAAAAACAAAAUCUUAUACAAGUCUAUGAAUUGGACAGCGAUGGUGUACAAGUUGCCUCAGAUAUAACUACUUGUUAUUUUUGCGCUGCAUCCUUUUCAGCAACUAUUGGAGGAAUUGGUACUUUAGUGGGCACUGCAACUAAUUUAGUAUUCAAAGGACUCUUCGAAAGGGCAUAUCCCUCGGCACCCGAGUAUUUGUCUUUUCCAAAGUUCUCCGCAUUUUCCAUUCCAUAUAUGCUUGUAUUGGAAGCAGGACUUUACUUUUACAUGAUAUUCAUGUAUCUGGGAUUUUUAAGACCUAAAACGAAAGCCGCUCAGAGCACGCAAAUACCCGAAUCAGGAGUGGAAGCUGCUAGGAAUACCGUUGAAGAAACACUGAAAAAAAUGGGGAAAAUAACCUUUUGGGAAAUUAUGGUAAUAAUAUUAUUCAGUGGUGUAGUUGUAAUGUUUUUCUCACGUGCUCCACAAAUAUUCUACGGGUGGGGAGACUAUAUUUCUGAUUACUACGGUCUGAAUAACAAUAAAUUUGUUCAAGACUCUGCCGCAGCGUUCUUAGUUUGCUUUUUAAUGCUUUUAUUGCCAUCUAAUUUGGACUUUUUUCGCAACUUCUACGUUAAGGACGAGCUGCCUAAUAAGCCAGUGCCGUCAGUUUUGGAUUGGACAGUAAUGAAUAAAAACAUGCCAUACAGUUUUAUGUUCCUCCUGGGUGGUGGAUUUGCGCUCUCGGAAGCUGCUAAAAAGGAAUAUUCAGAUCUGAAUGGGUACAUCGGAAAUGCACUCAGACAUCUCAACAUUUUUCCGAAUUACUUUAUCAUAUUGCUGAUAAUCAUAUUUACAGUCUUUAUAACAAACUUUGCGUCAAAUGUCAGUGUAUGUAAUAUCGUCACGCCAAUAGUGAUGCAAUUGGGCAAAGAAAUAAACAUUCACCCUCUUUGGUAUAACAUUGCCUCCGGUAUUUCAGCUUCUUUUUGUUUUUGUUUGCCUGUUGGCACUCCGGGCAAUUUAGUUAUCCAGGGCGCUGCUAAAAUACCUACAAUGAAAAUGGUAAAAGCUGGUGUUGGUCCAACUGUUACGACCAUAUUGUUGACGUGGAUAAGCAUGUGUUUCUGGGCGCCUGUUGUAUGGCCCGAUUUCAACAAAUACACGUCCGAUUUGAGUUGGAUGGAUAAAUAA